GCGAAUGUUGUUCUCCGUCCCUCCAAUGACUUCCCAUGGCGUCAAUCAAGAACCAAACUACAGAGACUCUGCCUUUGGAACACACCCCUUAAGCCCUAAUGCAUGGAACAGAGAUCCUACGAGAAGAUUUGAAAUCAGUGGCGGGUAUUUUCUUCUUCAAUUGAUCAUCCAUUUCAGUCUCUCAUGAUUUAUACAAAGAAUUUGAGUUCCCUUUUGAAGUAAACUUAUGUUCCGCUAUGGGCGAGGCAUUCGCCUUCUUAGUUCAUCUUCAACAGGUAGAAGGAUCAACUGGGAUCCAACUGUGAACCUUAAACUCAAUCACCCAUCUCUUGUUUUGCUUGAAAAAUGCAACUCAAGAAUCCAAUUCAAGCAGAUUUUAGGACACAUGAUGAGAAACAAUUUGAUGGGCCAAACAUUUCCCAUGAGUAGGCUUCUUUUUUUCUCUGCUGUUUCACAUCCUGAGAAUCUGGAAUGGGCAACUCUUCUGUUUAAUCACUUCACUCCUGAUCCAAAUGUUUUUAUAUUCAACACCAUGAUCUUAGGCUUUUCAUUUUCAACUGAGAAGGCUUUUUCAAUUUAUAGUUCUAUGCUCCAAAAGGGCAUUUACCCAGAUAGGCAAACACUCCUUUACCUUCUUCAAACUACAAAAUGUGUUGCUGAAUUGAAACAGAUUCAUGUUCAUGCCUUAGUUAUUGGUUUGCUGGCUAAUGAAGGAUACUUGCAAAAUUCACUGAUCAAGAUGUACUUAGACAAUGGAUGUCUUGGCUCUGCCCACCAAGUGUUCGAUGAAAUGUCGAGUCGAGAUGUUGUCUCCUAUAAUAUCAUGAUUGUUGGACUUGCUAAGAUGGGAGACAUUUUAGAAGUGUUGGAACUAUUCCAUGAUAUGAGGGCUCAUGGCUUUGAGCCUGAUGAUAUCACUAUGUUAGGCCUUUUCUUGUCAUGUGGCCAGUUGGGUGAGGUAAAGUUGGGAAAAUCUGUUCAUGCACAGAUUGUGAAGUCCAAUGGUUCUUCAAAUUUGAUAUUGUAUAAUGCCCUUUUGGACAUGUAUGUGAAGUGCAAUGAAUUGAAGCUUGCUCGAAAAGUUUUCGAUAUGCCGAUGGAGAAGGACGCGGUUUCAUGGAAUACGAUGAUUACGGGAUAUGCCAAGGCAGGUGAAUUGGAACUUGCUUGUGAGGUUUUUAAUCAGAUUCCUACGAGAGAUAUUGUCUCCUGGAACUCUUUAAUUUCUGGUUAUGCACAGAAUGGUGAUUAUGUGAUGGUCAAAAGUUUGUUUACUCGUAUGUUUGCCGAGAAUGUUAAACCCGACAAGGUCACGACGGUUAACAUGAUCUCUGCAGUAGCAGAAAUGGGAGCUUUAGAUCAGGGGAGAUGGAUUCAUGGAUUAGCAGUGAAAAUUCAGACAAAAAUAGAUGCAUUUUUAGGCUCUGCAUUGAUUGACAUGUACUGCAAGUGUGGAAGCAUCGAAAGAGCUUCAGUUGUUUUCAAUCAAAUUUCUGAAAAAGAUGUCACAAUUUGGACAACAAUGAUCACUGGAUUUGCCUUUCAUGGAUAUGGAAACAAAGCUCUGGAGCUAUUCUCUGAUAUGCAGACCGAAACAAAGCCGAACGAUGUGACUUUCGUUUCAGUUCUCACAGCAUGUAGCCACAGCGGAUUAGUUGAUGAAGGGCUCAAAAUAUUUAGCAGCAUGAAGAAAAGAUACAAUAUCGAACCAAGGGUCGAACAUUAUGGAUGUUUGGUCGAUCUGUUGUGUCGUUCAGGUAGGUUGUCAAAUGCGAUUGGUGUGAUAGAAAAGAUGCCUAUGGAACCCAGUCAGUCUAUCUGGGGAGCAGUACUGAGUGCGUGUAGGAUGCAUGGAAAUAUGGAACUAGCAGAGAAAGCUUUGAUGGAGCUGCUCAAAUUCGAGCCCGAAAAAGAGGGCGGAUACAUUUUGUUGUCUAACGUGUAUGCGACAUGUGGGAGGUGGAGCCAUUCGGACAGCAUUAGAGAAGUAAUGAACAGCAGGGGAGUGAAAAAGAUUGCAGGCUGUAGUAGUGUGGUGGUGGAUGGUACGGUCCAUGAUUUUACAGCUGCAAAUAAGCAGCAUCCAAGAUGGAUGGACAUCUGCUCUACGCUAAGCUUUCUAACAAGUGAAAUGAAGUUGGAACCGGAUGUUCCAUCACAAGCUCACUUGGCUAACAGUUGAAAUUCGUCGAAAUGUUUCAAGAGCUCGGUUGAAAAGAAAUGUCACCAAGGGGCUCAACCGCCUUAGCAAUAGAGCUCCCUCCGUCUUAUCGUAUCUCUAGUAAACAAACUUUAGAGGAGUUCAACAAUUUGUCUCUUUGCAGGUUUUAAUCCUGUGAAUGGGAGAAGUUUCUCGUAGUCUGUGCUAUUUGAUUCACUUGGCUAACAGUUCGAAAGGUUUCAAGAGCUCAGUUGAAAAAAAAAUGACGUCGAAAGGUUUCAAGAGCUCAGUUGAAAAAAAAAUGACACCAAGUGGCUCAACCACCUUAUUAGUAGAGCUCUCUUCGUCUUAUCCUACCUUUAGCCAACAAACUUCGGAGGAGUUCAACAAUUUUUGUCUCUUUGUAAGUUUUGAUCCCUCAUCGUGAAUGGGAGAAGUUUCCCAUAGACUAUGCUAUUUGAUACACUUAGCUAAUAGUUGAAAUUCGUAGAAGGUUUCAAGAGCUCGGAUUUGAAUAUCGAUCUCAACUUGAAUUCAUUCUUUGGGUCAAUGAAGGAAGUAGAACUUUUAGAAGUGUUGUUUGCUCCUCACGUUGAGUCACUUGGAGUUGUACUCGGCACCACAGAACGAUCGUGUUGCUAACAUUUUUUUAUUGGUUAAUCCACAAAGAAGAUUACAAAGAUCAUGAUAGUUGCAGGAAACGGGUAUGCCCUUCUCAAUCUUUUUAGGGAAAGAGACACGUUGAUGAGUAGUUGGAUGGAGUUUGGAACCAAACUUGUGUAUGAAUUCAAAUUGAAAUGCCAACGUAAAUUCUUA